CUUCGGCCCCGCCCCCAGCUCUGGCUAGGGGUCUCGCGUCCCAGGAGAGGUGAGUCGGUAGCAGGUGGGUGUGCGGUAUGAGGCCUUUUCAGACGUUGCUGUCACAGGCGCCACCCCAGGCUCGCACCCGGCCACGUAGCUGAGCCGCGCGCAGAAGUGCUGCAGAUUCGCCAAGCCCGGGGCCAGCUGGGGCGCGGAGCCGGAGCAGGGCGCCCUCGAAGGCCGGAGCAGCGGGGCCUCGGAGCCUCAGGGACGAGGAGCUGCCGCGCCUCGGUGUACGCUGCUCGCCAGCAGAAGACUUCCUCUAACUUCCAUCCCCCGGUGUGCGCCGUGGCCAGCCUGGGCUCACCCUGUAGCGCCUGGCGAGAUGCUCGAGGUCGGCGUAUGGAGGAUGCGGGGGAGCUGGUGCAGGGUACCUGGAUGACAACUUGAACUUUUCCGAGGGAUUCCUGCCAGCCUGUCACUUCAGGUUGCGCGUUUCCUCUGAGACCUCGUGUGCUUGUUACUGAAAUAAAAGCAUGUUUUCCCCAGUUUCCUUUUAGGAUAUUGUGACUUUUCUCCUUCGUAAGGAAGGCGAAGAAACUGGCAGAAGAACAAACUCUUUCCUCUACCAAGGACUGUGUCGUCUUCAGGAGUCUGGGGUCAAGGCUGGCGAAUGAGAAGGUGCUGCCUGCUACCCUCCCUAACAUUCUCAGAGGAGCUUCGUUUCUAGCAUCCUUCUAGCAUUCAGGGCAAUGAUCCCGAAGGCUUGAGCUGUUUACGAGGAGAGAGAAGCUGUCUCCUGAGCCCCACAAUGGCGGCUAAGAUGGAGAUCACUUUGAACUCGCAGUGCCACAUUCAGGCUUCCUCCAAGCAAGAGAGACAUAUAAUAGGAAAGCUCGAAGAGAAGCGAGAGCCCGCCCAGCAAAAAGACUGGCCCGAUCCCGAGCUCUCCCGCCAGAAUUUUAGACGGUUUUGUUAUCAAGAGGCGUCUGGACCCCAAGAGGCACUCUCGCGGCUCCGGCAGCUCUGCCGUCAGUGGUUGCAGCCCGAGGUGCACACCAAGGAGCAGAUUUUGGAGCUACUGGUGGUGGAGCAGUUUUUGAACAUCCUGCCCCCCGAGAUCCAGGCUCGAGCCAGGCGUCGAUGUCCAGUGAGCAGCAAGGAGAUUGUGACCCUGGUGGAAGAUUUUCACAGAGCAGCCAAGGGACCAAAGCAGUGGGUGGCUGUUUGCAUGGAGGGCCAGAAGGUGCUCUUGGAGAAAACUGGAUCCCAGCUUGGAGAACAGGAACUGCCAGACUUUCAACCCCAGACUCCUAGGAGACAUCCCAGGGAGAGCCCUCUGGAGGAGACUUCCCAGGAAGGGUCUCAGGAUCAGCGGAGCCCCCAUCCUCGGGAAAAAUCCCCGCUCCUCCAAGAACCAGCCCCCAAACUGGCUGGGACAGAGGCCCCCAGAAUGAAAAGUGACAACAAGGAAAAUCCACAGCAGGAGGGGGCUAAAGGAGCAAAGCCAUGCACCCUGUCAGCAGGCAGACCCAAAGGGAAUGGCCUGCAGAGUCCUGAACCCAGAGGGGCGACUGUGAGUGAGCUCCGGUUGUCACGGAGGCAGGUCAGCCCCUCGAAUGCUCCAAAGCCAUUUGCUCACUACCAGAGACAUUGCCGGGAGCUGGACUUCAUCAGCAGCCCUCUGAAAAGCCACCCACUGCGAGAGCUGAAGAAAAGCAAGGGGAGCCGAAGAAGCCUGAGCAGCCGUUUGCAGCGCCUUGGUCACCAGCCGGCCCACUCGGCCAAGAAACCUUACAAAUGCGAUGACUGUGGGAAAAGCUUCACGUGGAACUCCGAGCUGAAGAGGCACAAGCGAGUGCACACAGGGGAGAGGCCCUACACCUGCGUGGAGUGUGGCAACUGCUUCGGGCGGCAGUCUACCCUGAAGCUGCACCAGAGGAUCCACACCGGGGAGAAGCCCUACCAGUGCGGCCAGUGUGGGAAAAGCUUCCGCCAGAGCUCAAACCUCCACCAGCAUCACAGGCUCCACCACGGUGACUGAGAGCAGGGCUUCCCGCUCGGCUCACAAGGAAGGUCCUUGCGUUUGUCCUCCCCUCGCUUGCAUGAACAUCACAGAGACUGCCAACCCGACCCAGAAGGAAAGCCAGAGGUCCCCACGGGCCAUGGGGCACGCCAGGCUGGUGAGCAGCCCGGAGGCGGGCUGACGGGGACACUGACCUGUUCAGCGGUGGGGGAAGAGCUGGCAGGUCUGGGCUCUGGGUCGGAGGCCCCAGGGAGCCGGGACUGAGGGAGCCUCGGGGCCGAUCCUGCAGGUCUCGCCUGCCUCGGCUGCUUCAUUUAUCCUCUCCGUGUGCUCACGGGUAAAUUCCACACAGAGUAAUGCACUUGCUGUCCCAGCAGACCGUCUCUGUCACGCACCCACUCCUUUAAUAAAGACGAGUGAUCGCGAGAAUUUCAAGGCAGAAGUUCAUUGGAUCGUAAAUGCCCUACUGUUUUCCCUUGAGUUCCUGGCUGUUGAUUGCAAAGGAUGCAUGAAGUGGGAGUCUGGGCACCUUUCCGUGCGGAGGUCUCCAAGCACGAGCGCUUUUACCCAAAUAUAUCAACACACACGCUCUCAUUGAGGGAUCUUUUCCGAUCAAAGCACCUUUGAUUUGAGAAAAGAGAAUCCCAGCUGCCGCCACACCACCCAUAGUGAGAGGAAAAAGCUACAAGAAGCAAGGCUGCCGAGGAGGUGGCACAGGGAAUCCUCGCCGCUCUCCUUUCUCACGAUAGCUUUAAGAAUAACAAAAUGGGAGUUCCCUGGUGGUGCAGCGGGUUAAGGACCUGGUGUUGUCACUGAAGUGGCUUGGGAUGCCGUGGCAGCCCGGGUUUGACCCCUGGCCCCGAACAGCCACACGCCACAGGUUGGCCGAAAAUUGAAAUUAAAACAAUAAAAAUAAAUGUUAAGAAAAAUACCGAUGAUGAGGGUGAUGCAGAUGUUGUAGAAGUGAAUUCUCUCCGUACCUGCAGUAAAAAUCGUCGAAACAGUCGUUAAUCUGAUGAUACAUAAGUUACACCUCAAUGACGUUUACAGAAAUGACAGUUCAUUUAUCUGACAUGUUAAACUCCUGGAACUAGGCCUGAGCCAUCAGCCGGUCUCCACAGCCCCCUCCCCCCGAGUCUCUCAAAAUGGAAAUUAUGAUCUGAUCAGGAUGUGGUUCCUGUCAGCCCGGGCAGGCCAGCUGCUGGCCCUGCUUGGAGAAGACUCUGGGUAGAUGGUGCCGUCCCUCAGGCCGAAAACGGGCAGGCAGUGUCUUCCCUAAAGCCUCAGUGUCCUCGGGCCACUGCCGGCCACCUCAGCUCUAGCUAUGACCGUCUGUGCCCCCGGCUGGGAAUCUCAGGUUCCUCCUCCUGAGGGGGGAGGGACAGGGCACCCGGGGGCAGCCUCACCCCGGGUCUUCGCACCCGCUGCCCCCUUGCCCUUCCAUCCCGCAAGAGUUGCCAGCUCUGAGAGCCUCCUCGGGUUUCGCUGAGCACACCCGUCUGUUGAACCAAUCUGGUGAGUCAAAGAAGGUGUCUCCUAAAAGCAAAGGAGCAGAGAGGUCCACUUUUCUUAGAAUUGGGACAGGAACCCUCCCUUAAAGAAGAGCUUUGUUGACUUGGUAUGUUUCGAAGAACCUGUGUGCAUGUGUCUUCUCUCUGCUGCUGAUGAAAUUAAUAAUGCCGAAUCUUCACGGCUUCAGGCACGGGUUCACCCGUGGACCUUGAACACAUGUGACAAAACCCCAGCUUGGAACAUCACUCAGUCCCUAAGGGUGUUCUAGCCUGUGCUCUGCCUCGCCUCUCCCAGCCCAGCUUUGCGCUGGCAGAUCAGGCUCGGCUCUGGGUGAGGGGUGCCCGUGAGGGUCUGAAGCCCUGGUCGAGGCCCCCAGGCCCUCAGCCACAUCUGCAGGGCUGUACUCCCUUCUUCAGAUGCAGGGUCCCCUGUCCCCCCUCGCCCAGCGUGGUUCCACCAAGAGAGUCUGAGCACAAAACAGACCUGCUGACGUGCACUCAGCUACCCCACAGCGGAAAAUCAUCUUUCUGCUUCUGCGUGCAGCCCUUAGCAUGGAGCAG